UGCAGAUCUGUCUAACAUAUCGGCGUGUUUAAGGAAUAAUUUGUAUGGUGUUCUUUUCAAUAAAAUAAUAAAAACAUCUAUAUUUUAUUAAAGAUCCGUUAAAGGAGCUGUAGCAAAACAAAAGCGAUGGGAUCCGGAGAAAGCACGACUAGGAGAGUUUCUUUCGGCCUAGAUGAAGAGGAUGACAGGGUGAGGAUUCUGCGUGGAGUCAAGCUGUCUGAAGAUGUCCUGCAGCGCAUGAGGAAUGCCAGUGCUGAUCCAAAAAACCCAGUCAACAAAAAAUAAAAUCAAGGCCAGCAGACUCGAGCUUCCAGCACAUCUGACCCACAACCUCCAAAGAUACAGGCUAGGACAACUGUUCCUGACACUAAAGAGGAGCUCAGGAAGAGGUAUGAGCAGCAGCAGGCCAUUAUACAGGAGGAGCUGGCUCACAUCGCACGCAGAGAGAGAGAGGCAGCCCGGCAGGACAUCACUCGAGCGGUGCAGAGAGAACGAGUACAGACGCGGCAGGAGUCUGAGAAAACCAAACAGCUGGGGAAACAGCUGGAGAAGAAGGAGGUGGAGCUGAAGGCUCUGGAGGCUUUCUACAAGGAACAGAUCACACAACUAGAGAAGAAGAAUGAGGAACGCUUCAAGACGUCCUCUGAACAGUUCCACACCGCUGCAACCAGGAGCGAAGCCAAUAUAAAGCAACGUAACGUGGAGCCGGUGUGUUCGAACCUGCAAGCUCAGAUUCUGAACUGCUAUAGAGAGAACCGUGAGCAGACGCUUCAGUGCUCAGACCUGGCCAAAGAGUACAUGCAGUGCAUCAAUGCAGCCAAGAAGAAUCUGUUGGUGAAUCACGGAUAGAGAUCCAUUUAUCUGUGUGUUGGGUUUCACGGGCCGCUUCAUCUUUAGCCUCUCCAUCCAAUUACCAUCUGAUUCCAGGACUCCGAGUUGCACUCCAGUGUACUGAACAAGCUGCAUAUUACAGGCCACUAUGAGUAUUCCAUUAUCUGUAACUGAGAAUGGGAUCACAGACAUGCAAGGCUUAAUUUUUCUAAGAGUACACUCAGGAAAUCCUGAUACUUUUAUUUGUCAGGAUUUUAUUUAUGCAUUGUAUUUUGGCAAAAGCAUAUCUACAUAAACGGAUAACUGCCUAAA